AUGAGAGCCUCAGUUGCGGUCCUAGUAGCCUUGGUGGGCGUGACCUGCGCUACCUACUAUGGUGACGAAUACAUCGUAUCAGGUAGCGGAUAUGGUAAAGGCUACGGUGGCUACGGGUUUGGUGGAGGAAACGGAGGAAUCAUUAUAGGAAAUGGAGGAGGAAAGGGCUACGGAGGAUAUAUGGGAUACGACGGCGGAUACGGAAAGGGAGGUGGCGUAAUCAUCAGCAGUGGAUAUGGAGGUUAUGGAAAAGGCGGUGGCUGGGGAGGUUACUCAAAUGGAGGCAACUGGGGAGGUUACGGAAAAGGAGGUAGCUGGGGAGGUUAUGGAAAAGGAGGCGGCUGGGGAGGUUAUGGAAAAGGUGGUAACGUUAUAAGUUAUGGAAAAGGAUUCGGAGGCGGUUACGGAGGUUACGGAAAAGGAGGUAGCUGGGGAGGUUAUGGAAAAGGAGGCGGCUGGGGAGGAUAUGGAAAAGGUGGUAACGUUAUAAGUUAUGGAAAAGGAUUCGGAGGCGGUUACGGAGGCUACGGAAAAGGAGGCGGCUGGGGAGGAUAUGGAAAAGGUGGCGGCUGGGGUGGAAAAGGCGGUUUCGGAGGAAACAUUAUAACCGUCAGUGGUGGCUUCGGAAAGGGAGGAUAUGGAAAUAUGGGAUACGGACAGGCUUAUCCAUCAUAUGGAAAGGGAAUGGGAGGCGGCGUUGUCAUUGGUGGUGGAUUUGGCAGAAAGGGAGGAAUGGUCUACUAA